AUGGUUGAGAAGCAGUUAAUGGAGAGAACUUCUCAAGUGAAGAAAGAAGUGGGACAUCGGAGGCAGCAGUAUCAGGGGGACAGACUGAAAUGUCUCAACCCUACUGAGAAGGUCAAGGAGAAGGUCAACUCCCACCACGCAACGAAACCCUGGCGAAAGGCACCAGCAAGGAAGAUCAAAGGCCUCCUGCGUUCAUCGAGUACAUGA